CCGGGGGUCGCGGCCCGAGGGAGCGGCGGGAGCGGCGGCACCGGCACCCCCGGCACCCCCGGCACGCCUCUCCAGGGGCCGCGGCCGCGGGGGGGGCCGGGAGGGGCCGGCGGAGCUGCCCGGGCCGGAGCCGGGAUCACAGCGUAGAGCAGCUCCUGGCACCACUGAGCCAAACUGGAUUUCCACCAGUGACCUGGGAGCAGUGAGUCCUGUGUGGGCCCUCGGCCAGCAUGACCAGCGAGGUGGUGGAGAACGAGUUUGAGUUUUACUCCAAGGCAGAGAAGUACUGGAAGGAUGUGCCCGCCACGGUGGAUGGCAUGCUGGGGGGCUACGGCCACAUCUCCAGCAUCGACAUCAACAGCUCCAGGAAGUUCCUGCAGAGGUUUCUGCGGGAUGGCCCCAACCGGACGGGGACAACCCGAGCUCUGGACUGCGGGGCUGGCAUCGGCCGGAUCACCAAGCGGCUGCUGCUGCCCCUCUUCAAGACAGUGGACAUGGUGGAUGUGACAGAGGACUUCCUCACCAAGGCCAAGAGCUACCUGGGCGAGGAGGGCAGGCGGGUGCGCAACUACUUCUGCUGCGGCCUCCAGGACUUCAGCCCUGAGCCCAACUCCUACGAUGUCAUCUGGAUCCAGUGGGUCAUCGGACAUCUCACGGACAACCACCUCUCCGACUUCCUGAAGCGCUGCCGUGCCGGCCUGCGGCCCAACGGCAUCGUGGUCAUCAAGGACAACAUGGCCCAGGAGGGUGUGAUCAUGGACGAUGUGGACAGCAGCGUCUGCAGGGACCUGGACGUGGUCCAUAAGAUCAUCCGCAGAGCUGGGCUGCACCUCCUGGCUGAGGAGCGCCAGGAGAACUUUCCUGAUGAGAUCUACCACGUGUACACCUUUGCCAUGAGAUGAGGGCAGCGGGAGAAGGUCUCUCCCGUGUCGUGACUGCCCUUCCAGGGGCCGGUGACAAGGACGGGACUUUGUCUUCCAAGUUGCUGCUGUUUGUGAAAAGAGGUGUUUGCCAAAUACAUUUUCCUGCUGUUGCA